UAUUAAUUAAUUAAUACUUCCAUAAUAAUGAUUCAAUGAACAGCUGGGCUUUUAUAGGGCUGUUUGAUAUCAACUAAAACGAAAAAGACGAGAGCCCAUAUAGAGUGAAAUGGGCCCAACAAAGUAACAGUCAAAAUCUCUCUCUUGGUCAGUUUUGAUAUUUUGUCUCCUUGGUGGGCAGACCAAUUUCAUCUUGGCGGUCCUGGUGCUCUGCUCGUCCUGAAGGGCGACGUCAAGGAAUCAGGCUCCGUUAUCAAAGGCGACGUCAAGCAUAUUCACAACUGGACCCAACAAGAAGCUUCCGCCGCCUCCAAGGCUGGUUUGAUUUAGCUGUUUUUGAGAUAUGUGAAGAGAGCUAAGAAUUUCAAAGUAAAGGUCUCCCAUUCCACUUGAGCAACAUUCGCUCUUUCUUGUGCGCCUGGAUAUGUGCCCAAAUAAAAGCCCAAAUAAAACCUGAGACAGGCCCAGGUCCAUUUGAAUAUGUGCAAACUGCAAUCCUUAAAAUCUCUCAAUUAUUCAACUUCCUGGCGGCGAAUCUUUAAUCUAUCUCUAGCAUUUUGGGAGCACCUCCGGGGUUGGGGUUGGGGUUGCUUCGGAAUCAGCUACUCUUUUUCUUCCAUUCUUUUGAAACCGCGUGUGACUUAAAAAUGAAAAAAGAGAGAGAGAGAGAGAGAGAGAGACUAGGCACAAAAUCAUACUGUAUUAUUGUGAGAUGUCAAUUUUCCCAAGUGGGUGGUGGAAUCCGCAACUAAAAAUGCUUUUGAUGACGAUGUUAUGCUUUCUCUCCGUUUUCCACUUUAUAUUGCUAGUUCUUCCACACAGCACAAUGGUGGAUUUCAUUAUAAAUCAACCUUCAGAAGUGCCAAAUGAUGAUGAUCCCUUUGUUAUGCCCAAAUCUUGAGAUUGAGAGAAUAGUAUCCUGAUCUUUUGAGAUAGAUGAUCAAUUCAAAUCUUCACCGACUUUUAUAUUCGAACAAUUUUGUGUGUAAGUUGUGCCACGUCAUCUCAAAGAAUCUUUAGUGGCACGUGCUGGAUCCGGGGCAGCAAAACGGGCUGAUGAAAAGAAUUUGGAGGUCUCACUUUCCUACUCUCUCCCCCUGUCGUCUCUGCUGCACCACCCAAAUCAAUCGGGAUACAACAACCAACCAUGGAUGAUGAUGAAUAUGCCAAGCUCAUCAGGAGAAUGAAUCCACCCAGAGUUGUAAUAGACAACGACGCCAGCGAUGAUGCCACUGUUAUUCAGGUUGAUAGUGUGAACAAACAUGGGACUCUAUUGGAAGUAGUGCAAGUGCUUACUGAUAUGAAUCUUGCGAUCAAGAAAGCCCACAUCUCUUCCGAUGGAGGUUGGUUCAUGGACGUCUUCAAAGUGAUCGACCAAUUUGGCAGGAAGAUCAGAGACACACAAGUCCUUGACUAUAUCCAAAGAAGGAUAGAGAGCAACGCUGGGUGGUUUAUUCCACCUUUGAGAAGUUCAGUUGGUGUAAUGCCCUCUGACGAAUACACAGCGAUUGAGCUCGCUGGAACGGACAGACCCGGUCUGUUGUCUGAAGUAUCUGCUGUUCUCACUGACCUUCACUGCAACGUUGUCAACGCUGAGAUAUGGACUCACAACACCAGAGCUGCAGCGGUUAUUCAUGUUACGGACAAUUCAACUAAUUCAGCCAUUACUGACCCCGUUCGCCUCUCCACCAUCAAAGAGCUGCUGUGCAAUGUAGUUGGGACCAACAGCGGUUCAAGAGCUGCAAAAACGGUCUUCUCUUGUUCUGAUACACACAGGGAGAGACGGUUGCAUCAGAUCAUGUUUGAUGAUAGGGACUACGAGGGAGUCAAAAGAUCGGCGUCAAGGCCCAAUGUCACACUAAUGAACAUUGACAAGGAUUAUACCGUUGUAACCAUGAGGUCCAAAGAUAGACCAAAGCUUGUGUUUGACGUAGUCUGUACUUUGACUGAUAUGCAGUAUGUGGUGUUCCACGGCAUGGUCAGCACAGAACCAGUGGAGGCUUAUCAGGAGUUUUACAUCCGUCAUGUCGAUGGACUUCCCAUAAACUCGGAAGCAGAGCAAGAACGUGUCAUACAAUGUCUGGAAGCAGCCAUUGAGAGGAGAGCAUCUGAGGGUUUAGAGCUGGAAUUAUUAGCAGAAGACCGAGUUGGUCUCCUCUCAGACAUAACCAGAACAUUCCGAGAGAACAGCUUAACAAUUGUGAGAGCAGAGAUCUCGACGCGAGAGGGUAAGGCGAAAGACACUUUCUACGUUACAGACGUGACAGGAAACCCAGUUGAAUCAAAAAUAGUGGAGUCAAUCAGACAACAGAUAGGAGUAAGUAAGCUGAAGGUGAAGAAGGACGAGGAUUGCUCUGUUCUUGGUACGGGCAGGCCUUGGCAAGAAACAGCAAUGGGGUAUUUACUAAGUAACAUCUUCAAACCCAAGUCUCACACAUAGAGUAUGUGCAUUGUAUAGACGAGGUUAGACAGAUUAUGGCAUUCUAAAGCUGAUGGCGAUAACUGUGUGAAAUUUGGCGUCAUGUAAAGAAGUCCCUAGUGUAAAUUUGUUUGAUCAUCAUCAAAUAACAGGAGGUGUGUUUGAUUAGGUAUGAAAGAAUCCAGAAGACAUUGGUGUAAAUGUGUGUAUAGCAAAAUGGAAAAUCAUCUAAUUUAAUAAAUUUGAAAGAUUAAUAAGAAGAGAUGAAGAGCAGGGGGAUGGGGGAGAGAAAGAUGAGCUUUAAAACAAACACACAAGUCUCUCUAAUUACAAACUAUAACCUAAACCUGUCAUUACAGCAUCUCGAUUAGUUUUCCUAGACUUCCUUAACCCAUUAUCUUAAUUAGACAGAGAGCUAUAGCCUUAGCUUUUAGACAAAAAAAAAAAAAAAAAAAA